UCAAGAACAAAGGGAAGAAAAAUUUCACCUUCCGACGGCCCAGUUUGGGCUUCGGUUGCUAUCUUCGCGAGUCAGAAUACCAUAAGUUGGACGGUUGGUAGAGCGUCAGUUAUGGACCUGGACUAGUUAAACAGAUUUGGCUGGGCACGAUGUUUCCACGAACGUAGUGAAAUGAUGAUCAGGUCACAUCGAUGUGCGAUUAGCCAGGAAUGUGAGGCGUGACUUGAGCAUGCUGUGAUGAAGGAAAGAUCUAUGGAAGUGCUAUACUGAAUUGGGAACGACAAUCAUACAUAUUGAUACAUAUGUGGGCAACGGAAGACGAGACUGUGGUAGUAUGUACCAACUCCGACAGGCGAGAGGAUUACGCACGAAUAGAACAAGACAUCGCCUCCCAUGCCCAGCUGAUAGUUCUGGACAGCGGAAGCAGCCUACCUCUUGAACGAUGAACCGCACAGCAAGAGAAGUCCAUCGGGAUUCGAGAAGUCUGAAUUGUGAACCCUGAGCACAAUGGCAGAUGCUAGCCGAGAUAAGUACACAGCGGAAGACCGGAUUUGGGUCAGCUCGUGUAAUUGUAGUGAGAACGACGGGCAAGAACCAAGUAACCGGGAGUAGUGAUCGGCGAACAGUCGGCCGAUCUUUCCAAACUAGGCAAACGCUUUGAUUUCUAACACGCACAAACAACCUCUCUCCCCAACCGCCAUGGCCAACACUACCGUCCGAGGCGCAUUCGCCAUCCACGGCAAGAAUCCUCAGCAUCUAGUUGAAGCCGUUAUUCGCAACCGUGUCUAUGAGUCUACCUACUGGAAAGAACACUGUUUCGCCCUUACAGCUGAAACCCUCAUAGACAAGGCCAUCGAGCUCAAAGCUAUUGGUGGUGUCUAUGGCAACCAGAAACCAACAGAGUUCAUGUGUCUCCUCUUGAAACUCCUUCAAAUUCAGCCAGAAAAGGAGAUUCUAUUGGAGUACCUGCAAGCAGACGAAUUCAAAUAUCUACGUGCACUGGCUGCCAUGUACAUACGAAUGACCUUUCGAGCGGCAGAGGUGUAUGAGAUACUCGAACCAUUGCUCAAAGAUUACCGCAAAAUCCGAAAGCGAGACAUGAGUGGCUUUACACUAACGUUCAUGGAUGAGUUCGUCGACGAGCUUUUGAAUGAAGAGCGGGCGUGCGACAUCAUCCUGCCACGUAUUACUAAGCGGGACGUCCUCGAAGAUACAGGUGAGAUAGGUCCUAGGAAGAGUCGACUUCUUGACGCCAUGGAGGGCAAAGAAGAGAGUGACAGGAGCCGUAGCCCCAGCAGAAGCCCCAGUCGAAGUCGAGGCCCAAGCCCAAGUCGAAGUGAUGUAACCGACGAAAGUAUUGGCAGAGGCCGAAGUCGUUCUCGAAGCGUCGUCUCAGAUAUGGGCUCUCGGUAUGUUUCGCGCAGUCGCUCACGGUCCCUUGCUGGAUCCCCAUAUCGGUCUCGCAGUCGGAGUAUUUCACCAGACAGAGUCAACGGCGUUAGUAAUAGUAAUGUACCAUCACCUUAUCGUUCUCGUUCUCGUAGUAUCUCGCCUGAUCGUAUGGAGACGACAACACACUGAGGCAUUAGAGGAGUGAUGUACUGUAUUAUACACGAGCACAAAUGCGACUAUUUUUGCUGCUCAAUACCCUGCUCCUUGUACAUAAGGAAUUGCUUUGACAAUUCUUUCCAUCGGUCUUCGACUACUGGCAUCUUGCUGAGAGCUUCUGGUGAAAGGUAGCCCCGGUUUUUCCAUGAAGUAUACCAAA